UCGCAGUGUGUUUGCCGGAAAGGAAAAUAUCCCCGGGAAAUUAUAAACAAAAACAUAAACAAAAUAUUCUAAAAUAUUCCAAAGAGAACAAACAGAUUUAUUUUUUGUAAUUUUCUGCUAUUUAAAUGCCACUUUAAUGACAAUUUCGUGGCUUGUGUUGAAUAAUUGUAUUAUUUUGAGUGUUAACCGUUAGCCCACAAAAAAGCGCGCGAUUUGAAUUUUUGAUGAAAUUUGGAUAAUUUUAAAUGUUACACAAAGAAAAAAUGAAAAUUGCAAGCCAGAAUAUGUAUGAAUGAAUGGAUUUUUUUCGCCAAAAUCUGCUUCGUGUGCAAUUCAAUUCGAAUAACAAAACAAAAAAACGAAAGAAAAGAUACCGCGAAAAGUCAUAAAGAAAAGGCAGUCAUCUACGCAAAGAGAGGACCUUUAUUAGGACCACUAGAACUAUCCGAACCCCACGAACCACCAGAGGCAGCACCAUCAGGGGCAGCAGCAGGCGCGGCACCACCAUGCUGCCGCAGCAGUACUGCCUGAGGUGGAAGUACCACCAUAGCAAUCUGCAGACCAUGUUCUCCCAGCUCCUGGAUCGUGGAUGCUUCUGCGAUGUGACCUUGGCCUGCGAGGGCCAGCUCAUCCGCGCCCACCGCGUCGUCCUCUGCGCCUGCAGCACCUUCUUCGACGCCGUGCUCUCCAAUUACGCCAGCGAACGCGAUCCGAUCAUCAUCAUGAAGGACGUGACCUUUGCGGAGGUCAAGUGCCUCAUCGAGUUCAUGUACAAGGGAGAGAUCAACGUGGAGCAUGCCAGUCUGCCGUCGCUGUUGAAGACCGCGGAUGAUCUGAAGAUCAAAGGGCUGGCCGAGGUGACCUGGCGCGAUGACGAGGACGGUCCGCCGCCUCCGAUGCCUGCCGCUGAGUUCCACUCGCCGCCGCGUAAUCUGGCGGAGAGUUACGCCCAGGACCUCAUCCUCCAGCACCAGCAGCAGCAGCAGCCCCAGCCACCCGGUCCACCCUUGCAUCUGCACAGUUCCACGAUCCUGGACAGAGAUCGCGACCGGGAGCGGGAUCGUGAUCGGGACCGGGAACGCCUGUCCCCGGGAAUGGAGAGUGUGCUGGGUCGCAUGCCCGUGAUGACGCCGCAUCCGGGGGCCUCGGGUUCGGGCGGAGUGGGCGCGAUAGCCGGGGGCACAUCGCUCGAGGGCGUGGCACCCGUGGAACACUUCCUGGGUCCCAAACGCAAGCGGGGACGUCCGCCACUAGACGACGCCUACGACGUGUUCAAUGUACGCAAGCUGGCCCAGUAUGCCGCCAAUUUGGAGCCUGCCCAGCGUGCCUAUUUGGAGACGGCGCGUCACUUUGUGGAGGACCCGCCCCUGGCCGCCCAUGCCGCCUCGAUGGCCUCCCCGCCCGCCGCCUGCCCGCCAAAACAGCGCCAGCGUCUACGUCACCAGCAGCAGCAACAACAGCAGCAACAGCAGCUCCUCCAGCCGGAAGCCGGUGACCAGGAGCCGUCGGCUGUUGCUGGUCAGGAUUGGUCCAAUUCGGAGCCGAAUGGCGGCUCCACGCCCAAGAACCUUAGCGAUGGCGAGUUGGCCAACAAACCGGAAACGGAAGCCGGCGAUGAAUCGCAACCGGAAGUACUCACCACCAGUACCAGUGCCUCCAAAAAGCUGGAGAAGAUCAGCGAGCGACGCGAACGUCAUGGCAAGUUGCGUCAUGCCCGUCGGCUGUACGAGAAAUCCGGAGAGGAUGAUCUGGAGGUGGACACGUCGCCCAAGGAAGAACCCGAUGAGCUGCCACAGCCGCUGGAGGAGAUCGAGAACGAGCAUCUGGUGGCGAACAGGGCGGAGUCGCCACGUCCAACGGUCGUAAUACCGGCCAGUUUUGCCUGCAAAUACGAGGGUGGCUCCGGAUCUGGAUCUGGUUCUGGUGGCUCCUCCUACUUGAUCAACGAGCACGGCAUGCUGAUGGCCCACGAAUUUGGACCGAAUGUGGCCAGUGCCGCGGCCACCGCUGCCGUGGCCGUUGCAGCCGCCGCCGCGGCGGUGGCAAAUGCCUCCGCCGGAAACGGCAGUGGAAGUGGCAACGGGGUCCAGAUGGAUCCAUCUGGAUCCAGCGGACUGUCCGCCGCCGACUAUCCCGACAUCAAGCUGGAGGACUACGAUGCCGCCGAGCUGCGGCUCACGAACGAGGAGCUGUCGCAGUGGCAGGACGUCAUCAAGAUGGACGACUAUCUGGCCAAGGGGCGGCGGCCACAGUUCUGGGAGGAACCCUUUACCAAGCGCGUGUUGGAUGCCAUUAAGAACAAAAGACUCGAGAUGAAGAAGGCCGCUCGCAUCCUGGGCGUUUCCUACGGCACUCUUUAUGGGCGUUAUCGCGAGGUAUACGGCUGCCUAAAGCAUCCUUAUAGUGGCACCGCCUUCCGCAACUCGGGAUCCACCGCGGCGAGCCAGUUGGGAGUUCAGCCUCGCUUCGAUUUGGGAUUUCGAAAUGGCGGUGUUCUGCCAGCUCAACUGGUCCAAACCAAUCCCUACUUGCAGAGCUGGGCAAGCUGAAGAAGGAUCUGAGCGAUCUAUGGACACGUCCGCAGAUUUGAGGACCAACCAAGGCCACAACCAUGAAGAAACUACAAAAAAAUCUCAAACGACGCCACAGGCUGAUCUAGGAUCACAAGGAUAAAAGACAGCUAGACGAGGCUAGUUUAAGGUCCCGAAACACACAAUAGCCCUUUCCUAAAUCAAUUCCCACUUUAAUUUGUUGUACACCUCGGGUCACAACUAUAACUGAUCUUCUACACAUUUAGGAUCCUAAUAAUACAUAAUAUAUAUAAUAUUACUACAUGUCUAUAUAAAUAUACGUUUAAUGCCGAGGCACGCGUGGAUUAGUUAAUUGAAAUACCUAUUAUAAAUACACACGGGCACGUGUUGUUCUAGAGAUAAAUACAUUUCUCUUGGUAGUGAAAUUCAAAAACAUAAACUAUGGAAUCUAGUUAAUCGAUAAUACAAAACAAAAGUGAAGUGAAUUUUUUGAUAAGCUAACGGAAACGAACACAAACAAUAUGUAUUACAUACAAAAAAUAUGUUUAAAACGAAAUAAAAUAAUAUCUAUUAAAAUUAUAUGUGAA